AAAACUAUAAAUAAAAGCACUACCUCACAAAUGGGUGUGCCGUUUUCUAGACUUCUAGUUUUCUCUCACAAAAUUUUUUUACAUCCUCGAUUUGUCCAGAAAAUUAUUGAAUUUUUAUUAAAUUCCUUGUUAUUUCGGUAUUAAAUUUUACUAAAAUACAAAUAUGCAAAAUGACGCUGGUGAAAACGUGGAUUUAUACAUCCCCAGAAAGUGUUCCGCUAGCAAUCGUAUCAUUCACGCUAAGGACCAUGCAUCCAUUCAACUGAAUUUAGCCGAAGUCGAUCCAGCUACUGGUAGAAUGGCCGAUAACGUGAAAAUUUAUGCUAUCAGCGGUGAUAUCAGAAGGAUGGGAGAAUCUGACGAUUGCCUUCUGAGGUUAGCGAAGAAAGAUGGACUUGUACCUAAGAACUUCUAAUGUAACCGUUAACUGGAAUUAUGAACUUGUAAGAUCGUAGUAUAAAACAAUAAAAAUGUAUUGUUAAUUAA